AUGAUAUGUUCGUUUCGAUUCUUACUCUAUUUAUCAAUCGAUCUGUCCAUCUUACUAUCUAUAUUUUUUAAUAUCUAUCUAUCUAUCUAUCUAUCUAUCUAUCUAUCCAUCUAUUCAUCGAUGUCUGGUUCAUAUUCAUCUAUCUAUCUAUCUAUCUAUCUAUCUAUCUAUCUAUCUAUCUAUCUAUGUCUGGUUCAUAUCUAUUCAUCUAUCAUUCUAUCUAUCUAUUCAUUCAUUCAUUCAUCUAUCUAUCUAUUUAUCUAUUCAUCUAUCUUUUUUUUUUUUUUUUUCUUUCUUUAUGUCACUCAGUUUCUAACUUGGUCUUAUUCCCUCUAUUUCCCUUCACUCUUAUACUCUCUCAGUCACAUUUUCUCUGUCACUAUCUAUCUAUCUAUCUAUCUAUCUAUCUAUCUAUCUAUCUAUCUAUCACUCCCUUCAUUCUCACUCACUCUGUCUGUUUCUUUCUCGCUCUCCCUCUCUCUCUCUCUACACACAUACACACAAAGACUCACAUACACACAUACAUACAUAUCUCUAUUUAACUUAGUCUGUUCCUAUCUAUCUAUCUAUCUAUCUAUCUAUCUAUCUAUCUAUCUAUCUAUUGUUUUUUAUUUUAUUGUUAUCGAUGAUAAUGAUACUGUUUUCAUUUGCUUUGUAACUUGCUAA